AUGUUUUAUGCACAUUUUGUGCUGGCCAAAAAAGGCCCUUUGGCCAAAAUUUGGCUGGCAGCCCACUGGGAUAAGAAGUUGACUAAAGCUCAUGUAUUUGAAACCAACAUUGAAAAGUCUGUUGAUGGUAUUUUGAAACCUAAAGUGAAAAUGGCACUUCGAACAUCAGGCCAUCUGUUGCUUGGAGUUGUGAGAAUUUAUUCAAGGAAAGCAAAGUAUCUAUUACAGGAUUGCAAUGAAGCAUUUGUUAAAAUUAAGAUGGCAUUUCGACCUGGUAUGGUUGAUUUACCUGAAGAACAUAGGGAGGCAGCAAUGAAUGCCAUUACUUUGCCUGAAGUAUUUCAUGAUUUUGAUACGGCUAUGCCUGAGUUAAAUGAAGUAGACAUUGAGGCUCAAUUUUCCCUAAACCAGUCAAGGGCGGAAGAAAUUACAAUGAGAGAAGAUUAUGGUUCUUUAAAUCUUGUCACCCAUGAUGAUGGUUUUGGUGAUAUGGGUUUUGAUACUGAAAACCCAGAUAUUAUGAGAGAUGCGAUUGGAAAUGAAGGUGGCUUGGAACAGAGUAAUCUAUUAUUUGCUGAGGGCUCAUCACUUGAUAUCGGCAAAGACGGUCCAACAACAAGUGCUGGUGUUGGAACUGCUCCAAUACUAGCAGAAUCCCAUGCACCUCGCAUGGAAGCCGCACCCAACACCCACAUGGAUGAUGGAUUUGGUGGUUCCAUACCGGAUGUUGGAGAUUUUGGACAUGCUGGUGGACUGUUUGAGGGUGAUCUAUUUGGGGAUGUAACAGCCAGUAGUUCUGGCGCUGGUGCCACCCCAGGCAUGCCUGGGACAUCUGCGCAGCCGCAGUCUCUUCAGGCUGAAAUAGACGCAGCCGGUGUCGGUGGGGGUGAUACAGUUGCGAUUCCUGAACCCCCAGACUCCGAUGACGAUAUGGGAGACCAUUACGAUGCAGGGGAUUCACCCCAGCACAGUUGGGCCGGAUCACCCGCACCUGAGUGUCCACCAGCUGAAGACGCAGUAAUGCCCCCUCCACCGCCGCCCGCGCAGAUACUUCCCCCGACGCCAAUGGAAGUGGACGGUCCAGACGUUCAACCAGAAGAGCCUCGUCCAGAUGUGCGCGCAGUUACGCCUGCGCCCGCGCUUGACAAUACUACAUUGCUGCAAAACGAGGAGGAGAGCUUUGCCCUGGCUCCAGUUGACGCCACUGUACUGAAAGGCAUAACAAAGACUAAGCGUAAGAGGAAACUUAUCGUCGACGAGGUAAAGAACUUGACCGGCGAAGAGAUGAAGAACCAGCUCAGCAAUACCUCGGAUAUCGUGAUAACGCUGGACUUGGCUCCUCCCACCAGACGUUUAAUGCACUGGAAGGAAUCUGGUGGUGUCGAGAAGUUGUUCACACUCUCUGCUCUUCCUAUACCAUCCAGAGUACUGUUUAAGAAAUACCAGCGAAACAUGACUCUGCGCAGCGAGAACGAAGAUAACGAGGCGAAGUCUCCGGAGCCCGAGCAGCCAGUGGCCAAGACGCGCGGCAGGAAACGACGUCACGAAGAGCCAACCACGGAAAUUAAUUUCUACCGUGAAGAGCCGGCAAGAAACUCGAAUGUCCACCAUGCGCCCGGAACACCUGCUCCCGUACACCCCCAUUCAGAUAUCCAGCCACCGACCCCAGUGCCGCAAGAAUAUGAACCUUCUGUCGAAUCGGAACGCCUACCUGAACUCACGCCCGGUUACCAGUCGCCGAGGUCCGAUGAUGAAGGCCCUCACACGCCAGGUAUGCUAAGCAGCUUGGGUGCACCUUUGACACCAGGAGUGCUGGGAUCGUUGACUCCUGGAACGCUGUUGCAGGGCGGCAUUACGCCUGGUGCGCUGCCACAUGGCGCUUUGACACCUGGCGGUCUCACCCAUGGUGGAAUGACACCUGCCGGUCUUCAUCAUGGAGAUAAUCAGCCCUUGGACCUUGGUCUCGCUUCCAGUGGUAUGACACCCUCAGCUCUGCACCACGGUGGCAUGACGCCGGGCGGUAUGACACCAGGAUUAGGAUUAGACAGCGGAAUGACACCCGGAGGAUUAGUGCACGGAGGAUUGACACCAGCUGGGUUGCAUCAUGGUGGAAUGACACCAGGUGGCCUCGACCACGGUGGAAUGACACCAGCUGGGCUUCAACACGGCGGUAUGACCCCAGCAGGAUUAGGUCACGGCGGCAUGACCCCAGCUGGCUUGGGUCAUGGCGGUAUGACCCCUGCAGGCUUGGGUCACGGUGGUAUGACGCCAGCAGGAUUGGGACACGGCGGUAUGACGCCAGCUGGCUUAACGCACGGAGGAAUGACACCGGGAGGUUUGGCGCACGGUGGGAUGACGCCAGCAGGGUUGGUUCACGGUGGCAUGACGCCCUCAGAUUUGAGACACGGUGGAAUGACGCCUACACGUGUACAACAUAGUGGUCUUCUACACCCGAACUCUGAUUUACCGAUGAUGCCCCAAGGUGGCUCCCACAAUCCCCUCCUGGCCACAGCUGACCACCUGCAAUCGAUGCAUCGAAAUGACUACCAGAAUGGUUUGCCCAUGACUAACCUAGGAUACGAUGAUCAGCAUGGCCAGCAGAGUCCGCAGCAUGACUACGAUUUACCUUUGAGUGUAGAGAAUCCGGAAGAGGGUAGAGAUAGCGAGUGGCGCGAAGCUGGCGAGACAGACGAGCAGUUCGAAGAGCGCGUGUUGAACCGGCGAGCGGCGCAACUGUUCUCGCUCAUGAAGCCCAAGCUCCUAGCAGAACCAAGCAUCACCUUCGUCGACCUGGCGCCCAGGCACAACACCAGGAAACAGGUGGCACAAAAGUUCUACAGUUUACUCGUACUGAAGAAGCAUCAAGUGCUGAAGCUGGAACAGAGCGAGAGCUACGGACCUAUCAUUAUCAGCAGAGGAGACCAGUUUGAAACGGAUGCGCUAUAA